GCCCUUCGCCAGCGCCUCAGCGGCAGCCGCCCCACGGAGAGGGGCCGCGGCCGCGCGGAGAGUAUGAGUGGCGCAGGGGCCCAGCCGCCCCCGGCCCCUGGGGCCAGCCCGGCGGGGCCCGGGGGCGAUUCGGAGCCGCCGCCGUCGAUGCUCAGCGUUGACCUCCCGGGGCUGGUGGCGCAGUUCGCGCGGAGCUUCGCGCUGGUCUUCCCCGUCUACGUGCUGGGCUACCUGGGGCUGAGCUUCAGCUGGGUCCUGGUCGCCUUGUGCUGCCUCUUCUGGGUGCAGCGGCACCGGGGCGGAAAGAGCUCCCGCCUGGGCCGGGCGCUCGCCUUCCUGCAAGACGAGGAGCGGGCCGUGCGGCUCACCGUCUCCACGGGAGACCUUCCCGCCUGGGUCCACUUUCCAGAUACUGAAAGAGCAGAGUGGCUGAAUAAGACAGUAAAGCACAUGUGGCCUUUCAUUUGCCAGUUUAUCGAGAAGCUCUUCCGAGAAACAAUAGAGCCUGCGGUGAGAGGAGCAAACAGCCGCUUGAGUACUUUCAGCUUCACAAAAAUUGAUAUAGGGCAUCAGCCCAUUAGGAUUAAUGGUGUAAAAGUGUAUACUGAAAAUGUGGAUAAAAGGCAGAUCAUUUUGGAUCUACAAAUCAGUUUUGUUGGAAACUCUGAAAUUGACUUGGAAGUCAAGAGAUACUUCUGUAGAGCUGGUGUGAAGAGUAUACAGAUUCAUGGCACAAUGAGAGUUAUAUUGGAACCUCUGCUUGGUGAUAUGCCCUUAAUUGGAGCACUGUCUUUAUUUUUCCUUAGGAAACCACUUUUGGAAAUUAACUGGACAGGACUGACCAAUCUUUUGGAUAUUCCAGGACUAAAUGGAUUAUCAGACACUAUAAUACUAGAUAUAAUAUCUAAUUAUCUAGUGCUUCCAAAUCGAAUCACUGUUCCUCUUGUCAGUGAUGUGCAGAUUGCUCAGUUGCGGUUCCCUAUACCAAAGGGUGUACUAAGAAUACACUUCACUGAAGCUCAGGAUCUUGAGGGAAAAGAUACUUACUUAAAGGGACUCGUUAAGGGAAAGUCUGACCCUUAUGGAAUCAUUCGAGUGGGAAAUCAAAUUUUCCAAAGCAAAGUCAUCAAAGAAAACCUUAAUCCAAAGUGGAAUGAAGUUUAUGAGGCCUUAGUCUAUGAACAUCCAGGACAAGACCUAGAGAUUGAACUCUUUGAUGAAGAUCCAGACAAGGAUGACUUUCUAGGAAGCCUGCUGAUAGACCUAACUGAAGUUGAAAAGGAACGUCACUUAGAUGAGUGGUUUACUUUGGAUGAAGUCUCCAAAGGAAAAUUGCACUUAAAACUCGAAUGGCUCACAUUGAAGCCUACUACUGAGAAUCUUGACCAGGUGCUAAAAAGCAUUAGAGCUGAUAAAGAUCAAGCCGACGAUGGGCUUUCGUCAGCACUGCUUAUUCUUUAUUUGGAUUCAGCAAGAAAUCUGCCACAUAAUCCAUUAGAUUAUAAUCCAGAAGCCUUGAAGAAGUCUGCUGUUCAGAAAGUCUUAAAGUCAGGGAAGAAAAUAAACAGCAAUCCAAAUCCCCUUGUCUUAAUGACUGUUGGACAUAAGGCACAAGAAAGUAAGAUCCGCUAUAAGACCAAUGAACCAGUCUGGGAAGAGCAUUUCACGUUUUUUGUUCAUAAUCCUCGCCGACAAGAGCUAGAGGUUGAGGUCAAGGAUGAACAACACCAGUGCUCCUUGGGAAAUUUUAAGCUUCCUCUUAACCAACUCCUUGCAAGUGAAGAUCUAACUAUGCAUCAGAGAUUUCAUCUUAGCAAUUCUGGUCCAAACAGCACUGUAAACAUGAAGAUUGCACUCAGGAUCCUUUCUCUUGAAAAGCAAGAGAGAUCUCCAGAUCACCAACACUCAGCGCAAGUGAAGAGGCCUUCUGUUUCCAAAGAUGGGAGGAAAGGUACUUUCAGGCCUCAGGCCCCCACGUCUCCAGCAGCUGACUUGAACAAGGCCCCAACUUCAACAGCGGCAGAUAUUGAUAAAAGGACUGAUGGGGCAGAAACAGGCCUCCCCUCUAAUCCUAGUGCACAGUGGCCAACAGAUCUCAGCAGAAGUUCCUCCAGUCUCCUGACGUCCAAUUUGAGCUGUUCUCCCAGCCACCUUUCGGUCAAAGAACCUACUCCGAGUAUCGCUUCAGACAUCUCCCUCCCCAUUGCCACGCAGGAGCUGCGACAACGACUGAGGCAACUUGAAAAUGGAACAACGUUGGGACAGUCUCCGUUGGGACAGAUUCAGUUAACAAUUCGUCAUAGUUCACAGCGAAACAAACUUAUGGUGGUGGUGCACACCUGCAGAAAUCUAAUCGCUUUUUCAGAAGAAGGCUCUGAUCCCUAUGUUCGAAUGUACUUAUUGCCUGACAAGAGGAGAUCAGGAAGAAGAAAAACAAGCGUUUCAAAGAAGACUUUAAAUCCAGUGUUUGAUCAGGCUUUUGAUUUCAGUGUUUCGUUGUCUGAUCUACAGAGAAGAACCUUAGAUGUUGCAGUGAAGAACAGUGGAGGCUUCUUGUCCAAAGAUAAAGGUCUGCUUGGUAAGGUAUUGAUACCACUGGCUUCAGAAGAACUUUCCAAAAAUUGUACUCAGUGGUAUGACUUGACAGAGGAUGGGACAAGACCGCACAUUGCACCUUAGGCAGCUUUGGAUUCCAGAAGCUCCUGUUAGCAUAUCUUUGCCAAUCUUUAUAUAUUUUAUCAGCAUUGUACCGAUAUUACUUUUUAUAACUCUUAGUUAUUUGGCCCAUCACCACUCCCUAACCGUUUCAUAAUACCUUGACGUUUUAUCGUAGGCUUAAGUCAGCUUACUUGUAAACCAUUUUUUUUCCAUUUAUUACAGCAAUUUUAAUGUGCAAUCGGGUUUGUAGAGUAAACAUCUGUUUCAAAUAGGUCCUGUUACGGCAUUUCUAUCCUCAAGAAAAGUGUCACCUUUCCUAUCUUAUUUGUGUCUCACCCAGGUGUCUGCCAUGUAAAUAGGUAUUAUUUUUUAAAACGCAUUUUCCUCAGUGGUGUGAAGGCAGAAGAAAAUGUUGAAGAAAACAAUCUAUUUUCUUUGGAAAAGUCUGAUAUAAAAACCUUAAGGCAAUGUUUUGAAAUUAGUCUGGGUAGCGAAAUGGUCUUAAUCUUACUAAUACUAUGGAUUUAAGGGUUUAUUUUUAAAAAAAUGAAAAGGGUUGAUCUGUGAUUAAAGGUUUGCAAAAAAGGGAAAGUACAAAAUAUUAACCUUUAAUAUUUAUAUUGAAAUAAAUGUAUUCUUUGAAUUUCAUUCAGAUAAUGCAUAUAAAUCACAAAUGCAGAUAUUAUAUAUAUAUAUAUUUAUAUAUAUAUAUAUUUAUAUAAAAAUAUGAUUAUCAAAAUCCUGAAAUCACACUAUAUUCUUCCAGGAUGUGAAAGUGAAGGCUUCAGUAGUACCGUAUUUUCUUGCUCACUGCUUCUUAUUAAAGGCUUAUUUGCCCCAUCCGCAAUGCUAGGAAAUUGCCUACGCAACAGUAUACUUAAGAUAUAUCAUGAAUUAGGGUUUGGCAGCCGCCCUGAUAUAACACUGGAGUGAUGUCACGUUGAUUGCUACAGAUAGGAAACAGUUUAUAACGGGGUUUUUAAAGCAUGUUUACAAUUGGUAUUGUAGAAUACCAGCAAGUAUGAGCUCCAGCUAUAGAAACCUCUGAAUUUCUGCUUGAUUCUUUCACAGUUGUUUCAGUACUGUCAGUGUUGGUGCCCUGAGCAGUUAAUCUCUCUUGUGGAUCAAUGUGUGUAAUAGUCGCUAACAGCAUUCAUCUGCCACUGCAUUCUUUUUGGAAGUACCAGUUCCAAAGUGGAUUCAUUCCCAUAUUACCAAUAAGGAAUGUGGCAGUGCAGAAUAGGAGGACAGAGUGUGUACAGAAGCAGCACUGAAGCCGGUGCACAGUGCUUCCGAAUUAUGAUAACGCAGGAGAAAAACCAUCAACGAGUCAUUUAAAAUCAAAUGUAUCUUUUAAUCAGUGUAGUUUUUUCCAUUUGAUUUUUACAGACCCAGGAAGUGCAAGAACAGUUUGCAAAAAUUGAGUUAUUUGAAUGUGAACAUUUUAUUCAUGGCUGCUUUCAGAACGGAAUCAGUGGGGCAUUAAUUAUAUUUAUUCAAAUUUUCUUGAAAGCUUUUUCAGAUGGUUUUAAAAAAAAUACACAUUUUUGUAUUUUAACCCAAGAAACGGCAUAGUGCCGUGGCAGAGAGUAGCUGCACACCAUCUUGGAUAUAUAUGCAAUUCCUUUCUGAAAAUAAAGUGACACUUUAUGACAACUUAGAGAGUCUUAGAGUGUCUUCUGGCCACAAAAUGGUUUUUCUGGGUAAAUAAACUUUAGGGAUAUUAGUGUUAUAACUGAACUUACGAAACCUUAAUUCUGGCUUAGACAAUUUUGAAGAAACUCUCCAAGAGAAGCAGUCUUCAUUGGAGCUUGUAUAGAUGUUCCCGUUGUGCCCUAUAAGUAACUACACUACUAAGGAUGCCAAAGUGCCUGUAAUAGAUGUAGCAGAUUGUCUGUACCAAGUUCUAAGGAUCAGUUUUCAUUUGUCUCUCUCUCAGUGUGAUGUACAUGCAUGUGGGCAUGUAUGUGUCUCCUGUGUUUUAUUUUGGAUAGGCCUCGUUAGGCAGACUUUAUAGCAUCAUUCAGACAUUAGCUUCGUACAGAAUAGCAUCACUGACUCUCUCAAAGUCUGCUGAUAAUGCAGCUUAGGUCAAUGGCCCUCACUUCCUUUUAAAUGACAGAAAUGCAUUUUGCUGCAUGACAACUUUGAGAGGUUUCCCUCGAAGGGAGAACAUGCAAGAGGAAGAAGACUCGGCCAUUAACUAUAGUUAUGACAAAUAAACUAUAUUUAUGAAAAACGAAGCUGAAGAAGGCCCCCGUGAGACCUUCUAACAUUUGCAUUCUUAAAGCGACAUCAGUAGGUAAGAGUAGUAUAUGGUGGAAUUGCUUAAGUAGUAAUUUCUAACGCAUUUAAAUUCUAACAAGGGUAGCAUGGUGAGAAGGGGAGCUCAUGAUACCAACAAAUGUAUGCAGAAUGGUCUAGCGCAGUUGGGCUUCGCUUUGCAAUCAAAAACUGAAAUUGGAAAAGGGAUAAUAAAUGUUUGAGGAAAAAUGAAGGCCACCAGGAAGUUGAGACAUCUUUUUAGUUUGAUGUUAAGGUACACAAAGUAAUUUUUUUCUUCCCCACUAUCUUCAUUCUUCUUUCCAACAUGGCCACAUCUCUUGCCUGAGGCUAUGUUUAAAAAAAAAAACUUGCAAAACACUGAAUUGAUGCAGUGUGAGCUAUCAUAGUGGAGUAGCUUUUUGCAGUAAAGAGAGGGAGUUCUCUUGAAAAUUUGGACCAAAAUCUGAAUGGUCAGAUUUUUCUGCCUUUGGUACAUAGAAGCUGAAUGUAUGAAUAUUCUGUUCACAGUUUAAUGAUGGUUCGUUGAAGGAUGAUGAGGAAACGAUGGGUAAAUAUGAUGAAGUUCCAAUUAGCACAUCAAGGACUGAGUAUCAUCAGACUAGAUUUCUGUGUUUUCUAUCCUGUGCCUUAAAAGAAAGCUUAAAGAUUUCAUGUAUUGAAAGCCAAGUUUUGUUCCCUGUAUUUAUCUGUCUUUAUGUGCUACUGAAGCUGUUCAGUGCAGUCUUUUGCUGCAUUUUGUAUCUAGAGCUGUUGUGUAAUCUAACCACCGAUGCAGCUAUCAUCUGACUUUUGGCUUUAACAUUCUUCCCUGUUUUGAACCCGCUAUCAGGACUGCAGCAACUGGAGAAAAGAAAAGAAAGAGUAGUUGGUUGACUACAAAUGGCCUUUUUUGCUUAUCUAAUUUUGCUAUUGCAUGUAUUUAUUCAGUAAAUGAUUCAUACGGAACUCACUGCA